UCUCUCGCUGACUGUUUCACCCAACAGACGAGCGCCUCGAUUCGUUUGCAAUGAUGGUGUGUUCUCCGCCCCAUCUCUCCAUCGUGUGAUUUCUCUCUCAAUGGAGUCUUCCUUCUUGAGCAGUCCGGUGCAAGGGAGAUCCGUCGGUGCUGCGUGAUAUCGUCACUGCCCGGCAUGGUUUGGAGGGCAGUGCGCCGAGGAUGGCCUGGAUAGGGACGAGGGAGAUGUGUGGCCUCACGCCUUUGCUGCGACGCAGCUGGGAUGACCAGUCGUUGUCCACACAAAAUCUAUUGGGAACGUCGCGCAAUCAAACGGGUACCAGCGGAAAUCAAAGCACAGGGCAUGCUCACUGCAGGCUGAGCUUGAUCAGGCCCAGCUCCUCGUUCGACAGACGGCCACGAGUCAGCAUCUGCUGGAAGGAAGGGCCCCUCCACGCAAGAGGAUUGUACUUGAGGCUCAGUCUCACGAGCGAGCGCACCCACCCGGACUCGACACGUCCCCAGCCACCUUCGGCCCGGGCCUCGUUGACGAUCACGUUGCAGGUGGCAACUCGUGCCUGGUCAAAGUCCUUGGAGAUUCGAUCGAGGUUGAGCUCGUCGUUUUCGCCCGUCUGGUCCGGGAGCAGGUACUUGCCGAUGAGCUUGGCGAGCAGGCCCGCAUCGGUCAGGGCCAACGACGCACCGACCGAGCCCUGGGCAUUGAUGGCCACAGGGUGGGCCGCAUCGCCAAUGAGGAUCACGCGGCCGGGAUGGAAGUUUGGCGAGGUGUACGACUCGGGCUGCUCGUCGGCAGUAUCGUAGAUGUCGCUGAUGCGCAAGGUCGCCAGAUCGGUGUUGCUGAUGAUGGAGUGGCAGGGCACGG